AUGAUAGGCUCAUUCAGGGAAGGGAGGCCGCGGCGCUCGGGAGGGCUCCCCCUUCUGGCCGUGCUGCUGGCUGCCGUUGCGCUGUUCGCCGGCGCCGCGCAGGCCUCGGUAGGGGACAAGUCGCAUGAGUUUAGAGAAUGCGUCGAGGUCUGCAAGCAGGAGAACUGCGGCCCGGGACGAGAGGCCACUCCGAUCCGUAAGAAACUCUCAACCCUCGCAUACCGACGAAACCAAUCGAGCCCUCCCUCACACCCCAGAACGAACGCCCAAAACUACACAUAUCUCCCUCCCCAAACGAAAGCAAAGACACAAGCUGACACACGCUUCCCCUCCUUGACAGCCCUCCACCGGCGCCUCCUGCUCUGGGACUGCCCCUCGGAAUGCGACUACACGUGCCAGCACAUCAUCACGGCGCGGCGCGUCGCCCGCGGCGACCCCGUCGUCCAGUUCCACGGCAAGUGGCCCUUCUACCGCCUGCUGGGCCUGCAGGAGCCCCUCUCGGUGCUCUUCUCGGCCGGCAACCUCUGGGCGCACCUGUCCGGGUUCUCGGCGCUGCGCGCCCGCGUCCCCGCCGCCUACCCGCUCAUGCCCUGGUACCGCGGCUUCGCCCUCGUCGGCUCCGCCUCGUGGGUCUUCAGCAUGGUCUUCCACUCCCGCGACCUCUGGGCCACCGAGCAGCUCGACUACCUCGCCGCCGGCGCGUCCGUGCUGUACGCGCUCUACUUCGCCACCGUGCGCGUCUUCCGCCUCGACCGCGCCCGCGGCGCGACGCUGGGCGGCUCCCUCGACGUCAACACGGCCCGCCGGGCCUGGACCGCGGCCUGCGUCGCCCUCUACGUCGCGCACGUCUCGUACCUCGAGCUCUGGAGCUGGGACUACACGUACAACAUGGCCGCCAACGUGGCCGUCGGCGGCGUGCAAAACGUCCUCUGGACCUGGUUCUCGUACCGCCGCUGGCGCGCCACGCGCCAGUUCUGGGCCGUCUGGCCCGGGGUCGCCGUCGCCUGGAUCAUGGCCGCCAUGAGCCUCGAGCUCUUCGACUUCCCGCCGCUGUGGGGCUCGCUCGACGCCCACAGCCUGUGGCACCUGGGCACCGUGUUCCCGACGAUGCUCUGGUACAACUUCCUGAUCAAGGAUGCGCAGGACGAUAUUGCCAACUCGGAGAAGCUCAAGUUCAAGGCGUGA